CUCAGACGAGCAGGAAACCGGCCCCGAGGAGGAUCCAGCUCAUGUUCUCCACCGUGAGUUACAACUUCUACCCUCCAGCACAACAUCUAACAUUAAGAGAACAACGGCUGACAUCUUCGUAAAUGGAUGUGUUGGCAUAGAGGGGAAGAGGCGACGUGUUGGGUGAUUGUUCUACAUAAAGCAGAUAACUGAGCUGACAAACAUGGCACACAACAGAUACUUCAUUGUUUGGCUAUUUUUCCUCUGCAAUGCGGCUUUGGCGUUUGCAGACGACACUUCAUCAUGCUACAGGAUUGAGCCCUGGACAAUAGCUGGCAUUGUCUUCGCCGACGUGCUCUUGACCCUCAUCCUCGUCGCUCUCACGUACCGCUGUGCCAGCAUUAGGCGUGAAAAGUUUGAGAACGCUGACAAAGUCUACAUGAAUGUACGAGCCAACUGCAAGAAGUGAUCAGACAAUGUGAAGUACAUCGUGAAAUUAUAAAGAAUUAUUCAUUGACUGUUUUUUAAAAACAAGUUACUCAAUGCUGUAAAAGAUUCAAUUGAACAGAUUUUACAUUAAACAAUAAACACAUGUAGGUUGUCUUUUCAAA